GGCUCGCCCCCGAGGCCGCCUGUGUCACCCAUAACGCCCGUCGCCUCGAUCGCGCAGCUGGCGCCCACCGACCCCGCCGACCGCGUCGUGCCGCCGCCCGCAGUCGACAUGAUUCCGCCGCCGGCAUCGGUGCCCAUCUCGGAGAGCACCAACACGGAUGCCAUCGCCCUGCGCUCCGCCAUAGCGCUGCUGCAGAUCCAGCGCGAGAAGAGCAAAAAGGACCUGCAAUCGCUCGAGAAGAUCAAGCACGCCGCCGUCGCCGAGCCCGAGGCCUUUGUCGAAGAGCUGAAGGCCGGCCGUUUGCGCCCCAAGCACCCCAAGGGCGACCUCCUCGGGCCCACGCUCGCGAGCAGCCUGGACAGCCUCGCCAAGCACGCCGACGACGACGACCAAGACGACGACAGCGACGCCGACGAGAGCUCCGCCACGUCGCCCGCCUCUGGGGCCCCACCCCCAAAGUUCGGCCCCGUUCCCGAGCCGCAGAACAUCUUCCGCUGCCCCCCUAUCAAUUGGGCCAAAUACCACGUCGUGGGCGAGUCGCUGGACAAGCUGCACGCCGAACAGCGUCAGCGGCCCUCGCCCGGGCUGCCAGGCAGGGCGCCCGUCCACGUGCUGGCCGCGCCAUACUCGCCCUUCACGGAC